GCGCAGACCGCUUGUUCCAAGUUCCAACAAAAGAGCUCGGGCUCAGCCUCAGCUUAGGACUGAGCACACCCGCGCAAAACGAUGAACCCUCCGUCGCCAACCCAAUGCUCCAGCUCUCCGUCCCCGCGCGCCACCGUCGAGCCUACCGGCGCCCAUUAUUCCUCGCCGGACCCAAGGCGCUCCUCCACCGCCGCGGGCACGCCCCCGCGUGGCGCCAGCGACGACGCGUGCGUCGCCAUCAGUGACGUCGACGCCUUCGCGCGCACCAUCGCCGCCAUCCGGUCCAAGCCCCAGGCGGCGGCGGCGGCCUCGCCCUCCUCCGACCACCUCGCCUCCGUGCUGUCCCACUACGCGGCCAGGUGGCUCCCGGAUGUUGCCGCGUCGUCCCCCUCGGGGCGCUUCCAGCUGCCCCCGGAGAGCCCCACCGCCACGUGGCUCAAGAAGCGGCUCCUGCUCGAGUCCCUCGUCGCCGCGCUCCCGCCCGACGACGCCGCCGGCGAAGACAGGGACGACGGCAUCGCGUGCGACUUCCUCCUCCGCCUGCUCCGCGCCGGGAGCAUGGUGGGCGCCGACGCGGCGCUGCUGGGAGACCUCGAGGCCCGCGCGGCGCGGCGUCUCGACCAGGCGUCUCUCGGCGCCGUCAUGAUCCCAGCGUUCGGCCUGCAGGGCCUCGGCAACGGCACCGCCGCCCGCGAUCGCCACCACCCGACGACGACGCUGCUGGACGUGCCCCUAGUGCUUCGUCUGGUGCGCGGGUUCCUGCGGGAGGGCGCCAAGGCGGGCGGCGGCGGCGCGGCGGCCGCCAGGGUGGCGAAGCUGGUGGACGCGUACCUCUCCGAGGCGGCGCUGGAGGCCGGGCUGCGGCCGGCGGAGUUCGAGGAGCUCGCGCGCGCCGUGCCCGCGUACGCCCGCGCCGCCGACGACGGGCUGUACCGCGCCGUGGACACCUACCUUAAGGCGCACCCGCACGCCAGCAAGGAGGAGCGGCGGUCGCUGUGCCGGCUGAUCGACGCGCGCAAGCUGUCGACGGAGGCGGCGGCGCACGCCGUGCAGAACGACCGCCUUCCGGUGCGCUGCGUGGUGCAGGUGCUCUUCUCCGAGCACGGCAGCAAGCUCAGCCGCCUCGCCGACUGGAGCGGCUCCUUCCGCUCCCUGCAGAACAGGAGCCCCGGCGCCCUUGAUCUCACCUCCUCCUCGUCCGCCGCCGCCGCCCGGUGCCCGUCCAAACGCGAGGUCGUCUCGCAGCACCACGAGCUCCGUCGCCUCCGCGAGGACGUCUCUCGGCUCCAGGUGCAAUGCCACGCGCUGCAGGCGCAGGUGGAGCGGCUGAGCUCCGACAGGCGGCGGCGGGGGCUGUUCAAGUGGGGAGCGUUCCUGUUCGGUGGCGGCGGCGGCGCGGACGCCGCGAGGGUGGAUGACUCCGACAGCGGCAUGGAAAGGACGCCGCUCAGCGGGUCCAAGAAGGCCCGCGCUGCCGCUGCCGCCAGGUUGACGCCCGCGACGGGCACGCCCACCGUGGCGAGGUGGCGCAGGUCGCACUCGUGAAUGCGACUGGUACCAGCAGAAAAGCUACGGUGCCCGUGCCGGCCAUCUGGUCAAGCGAAAAUGUGUGUAUGGACUGGUUUUGUUUGGUUUGGAAUCUUAACGACACUUGUGUCGUUUUAGCUCAAUCCUAGCUGUGAAACUAAAGCUGCGCUUGCCAUCAGAGGGGUCGUUAUAACAGUCUUGCUAAGUCUGGAUCGAUGUUAUAUUCGUGAAAUCUUACAUUGA